AUGCAGCAGCAAAAUGUACGUGUUAAAUCUAAAAAGAUAUCCGGGCUAGUGAUUCUGGACUACCAUAGAAAAUGUGUAGUGAAGAUGCCAGUGGCCUUCACCAGGGAACUUGUUGCAGCUAACCGGUCGCAGAUUCCAAAACCUGAAGUGGCUAGGGAAUGGCUACAUCUGAGGCCCAUCGCCGAUAAUUUGACACCGUACCACCCAGAUGCAGAUAUUUCUAUACUGAUUGGAAACAACCGUCCGAGAGCUAUCCGACCCAGGGAAAUAGUUGCCGGUGAAGAUGACGAGUCUUACGCUCAGAGGACUAUACUUGGUUGGGGAGUUAUUGGAAGAGUGUGCAAGCCAAGUAAUGUUGAAAACACAGACAAGGGUGUGUGUAAUAGAGUUGGAGCUUCAGAAAUUCGUAGCCAGUUUGCAUUUGCCACGAAGGCUAAAGAGAUUAUUGGCCCAGAGAACGUUCUUCGUGUGUUAGAAACUGACUUUGUUGAGACACGUCUCAAGUACAAACCUUAUUCUAUGGAAGAUGAGAGAUUUCUAAGGAUUCUUGAGGACGAAGUAAAGAAACAAUCAGAUGGACGUUAUGUGAUGCCACUUCCGCUGAAAUCAGACAGUAUGUGA